AUGGCGAGCGACAAGCAAGUCCUAGCAGCGAUAACCAUGAAGACUGGAGGCGAUGUUCGCUAUUUCGAGCUAAUUCAGCUGACUUGUGGAGAUGAUCGCCGAAAGUGUUAUGUCUGUGUCGGAAAGCACUCGCUAUUCUUCCUGAGGCAGGACCUGAAUGGGCCCAUCCAUGAUGGUGCAGAUGUCUACUACAGCUCUAUUGCCAAAAUACUCCAGGAUGAGAAUUCCGACCAGCACUGCCUGCUGUCAUUCACGGAAGAGCUACCAGGAUGGCCCUCCGACAGGUUGUUCCUGAAAGCCGAAAACCGCUCCCUCUUCUUGCGACACUUCCGAUGCAACUGGCAAACAGACCACAUGUGGCGGCUAGGUCGGGUGGUGAUUUUCCCAUUAAGCCUUUAUCCAAUUACGAAGGAGACUUCUUACGAUAAUUACGUCGCGCCGUACCAGGGAUAUCGCUGGACAAAGUUCCAGGGAUACCGCUUCAUGGUGCCGGAAGGUUUUGUUGACCAGGCCAACUCUAUUCAGGAAGAGGAGACUGGAGAGUAUGUGAACGAACAAGGCGUCAGCCUUGUUGUUCACGUGCAUGAGGCUUUUAGUCUAGAGCAGCUCGCGCAGAUGAAUCGGGACAACAUUCGAUGGGUCGCAGCAGACUACAAGAUGCAGCUAUGCGCUAACGAAGCGCAGUUCUACGUCUUGAAGAACGCGCCGCGGGACAAGCACAUGAAUCUUUCCGCGGAUGUCGCACAGUGGCACCAGUGGGAGCUGUUAAUCCGCACGCGAUCGGCAACGAUCAUUUGUCUCAUCAUGCGUCGGCAAUACAUUCCACCGGUUUGCUGCGCUGCACAAGACAUUGCUGUCCUCCUUCGCUGCCCGGAGGAAGAGUGGAAGCGUGCAGAGCUUCCUCUGGUGCUGGAAGCUUACCGGAUUGCUGAUUCGCUUUGCACGGACGCUCCGAACGUUUCAGUGUAUCGUGACAUGGUACAAGCCAAGCUGGACACGCUUCGGUUCAACGAAGAAGGGGCGGAAUGGGCAGCUGCGCACUUGAAGCUGAAGUCGUGCUGGGAGGUCGAGGCAGUGAGGUUUGUGAAGAGCCUUUGGAAGCUGUACUGCGAUGACAAGGUGGAAGGCUACGACCCUCAAGUCCUCGAGCUUUCCGCUCAAGAAGUGCUGGUGGAUGCAGGCCCUGAGGAUCAAUGGGGCCAGCUGGAAUGCAUUGACAAUUUUCACGACUUCUUCCUCAAGCUUAUGAAGGAGGGAGAGGGUCUUCCGUCAGGCGUUCAGGCGGAGGCCCUUGACGAAGAGGCCAAACUUAAGAUCCAGCACAGCUGGCUUGCCCGCAUUGCCCGCUACUUUGCUUGGGCGGUCGAUGGUGGGCUCUUGGGGGCACGGUUCAACUUGGACCUGAUGAUCGAAGGACUUUCUGCACUGACAGAAGAGAGCUACAAAAAGGCCUAUGCCGCAUUCUUGUUCCUCUUGCAUCUUCGAACCCGCGACAUGACCAAGCCAUUCUUGGAAGUGAGCCUGACGCAGCAGAUGAGGGGUCGAAAUUUGAGCCAGUGGACCUUCAACGACAGGGUAAUGCUGGCAGUCCUUAGCACCGACUUCCUCAAGAAGCAGAUAGGGAAGGGUCGGGACGCGGAUUAUUUUCGCUGCCUGGCAAACCUGUUGGAGGCGGGCUGUGGGGUGACUCUGAAGGCAUACAUCUGCAGGUUGUUCAUGGAGAUGAAAGCAUCGCGGGAAGCAGAUACAAAGAAGGAUGACGACUCCUCUGCAAACCUCAUCGUUGUUCCUGCGAUGCUCUCCUUGCUCAGGACGGGGGGAAGUUUCCUCGCCACGUAUGCUUCCGCGGCCUUGGUAAAUUUGAGCAGUGGGAACCAGGCAGUGAAGAUGCUCCUCAUGGGCCAGGGGAUGGCGAAGCUGGCAGUGCAGAACAUGCAAGCCAAGGAAGAUGACCUCAGCUAUUACACCUUGAUGCUAAUGGUGAAUUUGACGAAGGAGCCUCAUAAUCGCAGCGUCAUCGCUUCAGCAGGUCUUAUACCGAUCCUCUACGACAUAAUGACUUCUUCGUAUGCGCAGGUCCGGCCUACCGGCAAAAAGGCACAAAGAAUGAGUGCAGCGGCCUUGGGAAGCAUCGCCAAGGAAAGACUGCUCACUCAAACCUGUAUUGUCAUCGGCCAAUUCUGCAACGACGACCGCUUCCGGGAGCAGUUCAUCGACAUCUACCCCCACACUGCGAAGUGCUUGAUGUACAUCUUCAACACUGUCCGGAUGGGGUGCACGCUGUGCGGCAAGGUAAUGUUUGCUCUGAAGCAGCUGUGUGCGAGUCGCAACGACCAAAAGCACUAUGUCGGGACACGGGCGAUACCUCACCUAAUCGAGGGCUUGAAAGACCACGAUACAGACAUGAACUUGGAAUUCGUCUACCAGCAGUGUGCCAUCCUAAGUGUUCAUGGAACGCGCGACUUCCUGGAAUUGAGUGUCAAAGCCAAGCAGGAGCUGCAAAGCUGGUUCCUCCGCAGCGAGGAAAGCUCAGCUGAAAUGUGUAUCGGUUGGGUUUGGACUGCGCUGCAGACUGAUGCCAGGCACCUUUGGCAGCUUGCAGCGGAAUCCAUCAAGGUCCGCAAGAGUGCCCCGCCGCUUCCGCUGGACCUUCCUGGCUUGAAGCCGGACGCGAUGGAGCUGCCCUGGUGGUUUCCUGAUUCACAUCUCAGGGUUGGCCUUCUUCCGAAGCUUCGGCGCCAACUGCAGUCGCUGAUUGCAGGGCCCGAUGUAGUCGUGCCAACUGAUGCAGAUUUGCUCUGGUUGCGUCCUGCUUCGGCACAGCUUGGCCUCGCGCAGGCAUUGUGGAGAGACGUUCGACAGCAGCUUCUCUCUUCGGAGAGGGCGUUACGCCAAGGCGUUGCAGAGUUGUCGACAAUGGCAGAGGCAGCAAGAGCUUUGCUCAGCGCCGCCGCUCUCUCCCUGGCAGUGUCACCAAGCGACGGUGAGGCAGCUCUGCGAGCUUUGGCGCGGCUUUGUGCAGGACAUUGCGAUGAUCUUGCCCCACAGCUGCAGGAUGCGAUGCCUGUUCUGCUGUGGCUGGCGGAUGUGACAGGAGCUACUGGCAGGUGUGCCCCAGCGCAAGGCGGCACUGCAGAGCUGGCUGGGAAGCUCCUGGAGCAGCUGGGUUAUGCAUCCAUUGAGGGUGAUCCAGCCACUGCCGUCUACUUCCUAGCCGCUGCAGUGCUCCGGUCACCUUUCGAGGCGGCCACAUCAAGAUCCGUUUCCCCUUUGCUCACGAUGCUGGCUCGGCUCCUGUGCCAAUCGAUCGAAGCCGCCUCCACGCAGCUGGAGAAGCCAACCCUGAAAGAGGCAGAUGCCCUGGAGAGGCGAAACUUGAGAGCCUUGCGAGGGCCUCUGCGCCGAUGGCGGGACCAGCUGCACGAAGGUUCAAAGAAUAGCCAAGUCGCAGUGUGGGUCAGCAAUUGCAUCGAGGUGCUGGACGAGCUGUCGCUCUACUGA